CAAAGAGGACUGGUUUGGGUGCCAGAACCUGCUUUCCUAUCCUUCAAAUUUUGAUUCUACUGAACAUGGCGAGAAACAGACCCCAUGCAGGAGUCGUUGACAUGGCCCCUGUGUGCGUCUGGUGGUAGGAAGCGAAGAUAAAAAGAAGUUUCACCAUUUUACGUGACUCAAUAUUUGCACAGAAAAAAAAAAACCUUCUCUGUAGAAACGUCUGGGAAACAGUGACCAUAACAAAUGACAAACGGAACUGGAGACGAAAAAGAAAGUACACAGAAGAUCUGCUAUUAGAACACUACCUCUUGUUUACUGUGACGACAGAGGUACGCAAAUUAUGCAUACAGAUGCAUAGAGAUGCAUAAAUUAUGAAUAUAAGUGAAGUGAGCGUCGGUGUACCAGUGGGAUAGUCAUGUCGAUUCUUUGUUGUACAGGAUGUUUUGUUUCUCGGCGAAUGUUCGAUCUACGUUAACAAGAUAACGCUACAUGUGAUAUUUGAUCGUAAAACAAGUUCUCAAGUAGUUAAAGAUGGCUCAAGUUGGGGAUUCUCAGCGGAAAGAGCAAGUAAAAGAAUUUCAGCGAAAUGCACAUCGUUUACUAUCCGAUGAUGAUCGUAAUUAUUUACAUUAUACACUUAAAGAAUACCAGACUUACAAGUCGGUGGAAAAGCUGGUGCUUGCACUAAAAUCGUGCUUGGAUAAUCCUCGCAAGAAGGACCUACUUGUGGAUAUUCGAAACCUCAUUCCAUCCGCGCAUUUGAGCAGGUUCGAUACUUUAGCUCCGUACAGCGAAAUGGCGCAUCCGUUCCAACCACCAAAUCAUGCAGCUCCGCAUCGGAAGACGCAGAGUUUGCCCCACAGUUACAAAAACAACGAGUUACGAGCUGUUGGAAGGAGUUCCUCGCCGAAUAAUAGUGGUUCUUUUAGAAUGAUAACCUUAACAAGAACUUCUCCCGAAGAUUCUUUGGGUUUCAAAAUAAAAGGUGGCCGGGAUUCUGAUAGUGCAUUGUAUAUCUCUGAAGUAGAUGAUGAUUCCUCCGCUGCUACACAGGGUCUCAAAAAGGGAGAUCAGUUAAUUGAGGUCAACGGAAUAGAUUUUGAGAAGAUAACCAAAAGUUCCGCCGAGAACCUUCUCGGCACGAUGAGUAAAAUGAAAUUGGUCGUCAAGUCGGUUGGUGUUCCAACAGAACUUGAUUUAUCUGACUCUUGGGGUCACAGGAAUGGCAAAGUUGUUCAAAAUGGAAUAAGUGAAAAUGAUAGUUUACAGGCAAGUAGUGGAAGUGGCAGUCUCAGGAUAGCUCUUCAACAUAAUUCUCAUUUGCUGGACAAAGCUGAUGAGAGGAAAGUCAAUCUUCAAAUACAAUCAACAGCCAAUGGUUUUAUAGGAUUUAACAUUCGUGGUGGAAGCGAAUAUGGCUUGGGUCUCUUUGUGUCUGGUGUUGAUCCUGGCUCACUAGCAGAGCAAGCUGGCUUCAAAGUUGGUGACCAGAUCAUGGAAGUGAAUGGAAAGAGCUUUGAAAACCUCAAGCACAAUGAGGCCGUUGAAUUUAUUAAAUCGCAAAAACACAUAAUGGUUACACUGAAGGCUGUGGGAAGACUUCCAGAGGCAAAACAUUACCACUCACAAAUAAGUUGGGUUUACCCUGAUGGACGUGUUGUGGUUGAGGGAAAAGAAACUUUUACCAGAUCAAUUUCAGCUCCAGCCUCUCCAGUCUCCUCUCUUGAACUCAGUCAUUCUAGUACCCAGUUUCCUGAUUUAGGAGAAAUGCCAACAAGGGACACGCCCAGUCCUAGACCACAGUUACGUGAAGCUAGUGUCCAGACUCCUCAACCUCCUCCUGAACUUCCUCCAGAACUUGUGCCUGAAACAAGAGAAGAAGUUGUAGUUGUUCAAGUGAAACAGGAUUUUGCAGAUUUACAAAGAACACAGAGCUCCAAAAGUCUGGGAACAUCAUCAACUAACAGUGGUGAUGAUAGUGAAAAGCAGAAUUCAAUUCGAUCAGCGCAUUCUUUUGAAAGUGUCAGCAGCAGUAGAGAGGAAAUGGCUAAGAGGUAUUCAGUGUCUAGCAUGAGCAAGGAGGAGGCCAUUUUGAGUGGCAGUGACAGUGAACUGAAUGAUAAAAGAAAAGUGAAAAAAUCCAAGUCUUUCCUUCAGAAACAUGGGGACAAAAUUAAGUCCAAGUUGAGCUUCAGGAAGAAGGGAAAACCAAAAGUUGAACAAAGAGGUGGUUCCACAAGACAACAGAUGUUGCUGUACAUUGAAGAAAAGGCUAAAAAGAUUCUGGUAGUGGACGAAUACAACGCUGUCAUCAGGCACAUCAAACAGUACCAAGAAGAUUCUGAAGUAGAAUCUCUUGUACAUAAACUGCUGGCAAUACUGGACAAGCCAGAAAAGGCUCUUUUGUUGAGAGAUAUAAGAACGUUAGUUUUACCGUAUGACCUUGGAAGGUUUGAUGCUAUGGUGUCGGCGCAUGAAAAAGAGGCUCUGGAGUACCUGAGUGGAUUCGUACCUGGUUCGCCAACCAUAAUACCUACCGUUGCUGAGAAACCGAAACGUCAACUUGUGGCUGCAAUUCAAGACAGCAGAGGGAGUUUUCAAUUACGAACGAAGGAAGAAGUGGAGAAAAUCAAACAGGAGAAGGAAGAAAUGGAAAAAAAGCGAGAACAAACAGCGUGGCUGGGUGGCAGCAUUCUCGAUCGACAUACACGAACACCGAACAACCCAAAUGCUCUCAUACAUUUACCGGAAAACUAUCGAAUGGAUUCCGUCGCUGGGAAAGAUUCGACCACAAGGAGCAUCGCUCCAACUUCAUUUGGUGUUCCAGUGAUACAGGUAAACAGCGGUGAGGCGUCCAGAGGAACGAAACACGAUGAAAACGACAAUGAACGACUCGUGGCGUCGAACUCGCUCCUUGUUCCCGACAGAGUAUCGAUCGAGUAUAAGGACGACGAGGAAGUAGUUCCUGCGGCGUCCACUUCAUCUGGGUCUUCUUUGUCGAUGGGAGUUCCGGUUAUAUCUGUUUCUAAUGAGAACAAAGGGGUAACGAUACUUCUCUCCAAAAAGAGAACAAGUUUAGGUAUAAGUAUUUCCGGAGGAAAAGGCUCCAAGACGCAACCCGAAGUCAGGGUAGAGAAAAUUUUCCCUGGUGGCGCUGCAGCUGAUGAUGGAAGACUCAAGAGCGGCGAUGAAAUUCUGUCUGUGGACGGUGACAGCCUUGAAGAUGCUACACAUUCCGAGGCUGUGGAUAUCAUCAGGAAGUCGUAUAACAACAAGAGUAAGGAUGUCAUGGAAAUUGUAGUGAUACCCAAGCAAUAGCAGAGUUUUGUGGAGUAUUUAUCCGUUGGUAUAGAGUUAGCUGUACAUCGAAAAGGCACAAAUCACACAGAUUACCACUUAACUUCACUCAGAGCAAAAAAAAAGGUUACAAUUUAGUUUACUGUCAGAAGAAGGAAAAGAGUAUACUGCCUCCAGUAGACGAUCCCUUCAGAAAUUCUAUCCCUUUAGCCAACGUUCACAUUAAUUCGUGUUAGAAAUUUGCUCGAUCAGUUUUCAGCUAGUGUUCAGAAGGCAGUAAGUUUCCGCAUCGUUUCUGUUUGCAGUUGUGCUGAUAUUUUAACACCAAUUUUCUCCUCAGAAUGACCAGUAUAAGUAAAUUCAUGAAACAUGUAAUUCUAGAUCAAAGUUUGCAACACAGCGCUUUUGGCCAGAAUUGUAAAUACAUCAAAACGCUUUUAGUCAUAUCACAUUUACCUAUUGCUGCCCCCCUUCCCCCCCACUACGGGUUCUCAGCCCUCUCGUUCCUGCCACCAAGAAUCCUUUUUUAAUUCAAUAUUCCUUAAUACACCGCUGACCAUUGACUCGCCUACAAUUUUUACUUUUAGAAUCGAUGUAUUUUACAAUUUCUGCUAUUUGGUUUUACAACUGGGCGCAGGACGUCCUUUUGAAAGCAAAAAAGAAUGCUUAUUUCACACGGUUACACGUCUUAUGCAUUUAUUAAAUGAAUAAUAUUGCAGUCGUACACACAGUCCGUUUCAAUUAAGUUGGGUAGCAUUUGGUAGAAUUUUAUUUUCCUCUUAAUUUUUGAAAAAGUUUUGUAGAAAAUAUUUGCAAUAGUGUUUUCAGAAAUUGUGAAGUUUUGUGAUUUGAUUAAAUUUUUUCUGGUUUAGUAAUUGACAAAACAUCUUUUUGGAUAGACCCCCGGCCAUGUUGUGAACAUCGUUUGUAAUCUUGAUUAGUGUGUUACCCAAGAAAGAUCUCUUUAUUAGAUCUUUAAAAAGAAUUAUUUGCUAACCAUUGCUGUCUCAGUACAAAAAAUGAAUUUUUCCUUUGCCACAGCCAUAUUUUUGUAAGAUAAAGUGGAGAGAAUCUUUUUAACAUAUGAUGUACAUUUAUCAGUAACCAUAAUUUGAAGUAAAAUUCGAUAUUCAGCAUA